AUGAUGGGUUCCGCUUGGUACUGCUCUUCGGAAGAUUUUUGGCUCCAGGCGGUCGACCUCGGCAUCUUUUGUUAUUUUGUGGAGAAGCAAAAGUUGCUUGCCAAGAGCGUCCCAAGCUGUGGUCGUAUCUUGGUCAUCCAUCUGAUCGUCCAAGGCAGCUGCAUGUCAUUCGAGGUGCCACUGCCUAUCGAAGUCAUCUGUGACCAGGAUGCCAGACGAGUUGAUGAUCUUCUGGAUUUUAUGGGAGCAGGGAAUCCCCAUCGUCGCCGUUAA